CGCCCGCCCGCCGCUGGCGGCUCGCGCCUGGGAGCGCGGCUGGGUGGCUGGAGCUGGCCGCAUCCUUUGUGCGGCGCUCAGGCUGCGCAGCGGGGCGGCGGGACGGAAUGUGGGCUCUGCAGGGGCUUUUCUCUUCUGCCCUAACUCUGGAAACAAUGGACUGAGAAGGGAACAUGGAUUGAGGGGCGCGAGGGGGAGGCGAACUGCACGGGAGAGUCAUGACUUCUGCCGCGGAGAUUAAGAAGCCACCAGUGGCCCCCAAGCCAAAGUUUAUUGCGGCAAAUAAUAAGCCAGCUCCUCCUCCUGUGGCUCCUAAGCCUGACAUUGUGAUUUCUAGUGUUCCGCAGGCCACAAAGAAAGCCAAACCUGCAAUAGCCCCCAAACCAAAAGUUCUGAAGAGUUCUGUUCAAGAUGGCGGGCAGUCACCCUCAAGGAAAAGGACUUUGAACCUGGAAGAGCAUAAACAAGAAUUAGCGGAAAGCACUGCCAAUUUUAAUGGCAAAAAUGUAGGAGAGCAGAAUAACGAUUAUACCUUACCAAUGUGUUCCUGUAGUUCCGAGUGUAUCCAUAAGCUUGCGAAUAGAGAGAACGUGUGUGUAAAGCAGCUUGUUUUAGAGCCCCUGGGAAUGAAUGAAAAUUUACAAAAUUGUAAGCCUGAUGAGUCUUUGACUGUAAAAACUAUGAGUAAAUAUGAUUCUCCUGGUGAAAAGGCCAAAAACCAGACUAAUGUAGUUUUCAAGGCAAAUGUCCUAGAAGAGAAGCUUAAAGAUGUCUUAACACACCGAAUGUCACCUUUUAUUUCCUCCAAGAAGCACAGGUCCGCGGACAACCCAGAAAUGAAUGGUGGCUAUAAUUCACACAGACAAUUCAGAAUUGAAUUUGAGGAUUUGCUACCUUCCCCGCCCAGCUUUGAAAAUGCUCCUGAUCGUCACAAUUGCCACUUCAAGCUUCCUAGUGAUGAAUUUCAAAAUUUUGAAGCUUGUCAGGAUGGCAGUGAAAAAAGCAAUAGUGACUUUUAUUCAUCCAAACCAGAAGCUCUAGAAAACAGUAAAAAGGGUACUUUGAUAUCUUCAGAUGAAGUUAGUAAAAAAUCUGAAGUCAAAGAUCUUGGUCCCUUAGAAAUUCACCUAGUAUCAUAUAGCCCCAAAUUUCCAACUCCCAAGCCCAGAAAGACACGCGCUGCUCGUCUCUUACGCCAAAAGUAUGUAGAUGCUCCUAGUGAAAGUACCGAGGAACCGGAAAAUUCCACCAGUAGCUCUUCUUGUCUUAGCGAAGAUAGUUUGAAAAACAAUGAAAUCAGUGUUCUGCAUCCGAGUAGCCAGGAACAGGUGGACAAAAUGAAUCCAGGAAAUAAAAAGGAAUUGAAGGUGGACCCCAACAGUGACAGACAGGCCUUGGUCAAGUCACAGAAAGCCAGGUGUCAGGAAACAUCGUCCUUUGAAAAAACAACCCCUUCAUUAGAUGCAGACUCUGAUUUGACUUCUGACAGCACUGCAAUAGAUGGUUCCAGUACAUCACUUGGUGUGGACAAAGGGACCAGUUUUAUAAGAUGCAGUACUCUAUCUAUGAGCCUGCCUAAGCAGCUCAAAUUAACUUGCAGUGAACAUUUGCCUGCUGCCUGUAACCUGGGAGUUUCUACCCCUCAAAUGCAAAAGGAGUCUAUAAUAAAAGAGGAAGUUUCCUCAAGAAUUGUCCCCAAAAAACCUCAGAGACACAGCUUGCCUGCCACAGGAGUGCUUAAAAAGGCUGCAUCUGAGGAGCUCGUGGAGAAAAGUUCUUAUCCCUCAAGUGAAAAACAUUCAGAGAAAGGUCUUGAAAGAAAUCAUCUUCAGCAUCUGUGUGCCCAGAACCAUGGGGUGUCGUCCUCUGAUGUGCCUAAGCAGGCUUCUGAAAAGCCAGUGUGGAAAUUACCUCAUCCUAUUUUACCCUUUUCAGGGAACCCAGAGUCCUUAAAGUCUGUCACCUCCAAUAGUGAGCCUUCCACGGCCCUGACCAAGCCUCGAGCAAAGUCAUUGUCUGCUGUGGAUAUGGAAAGGUGCACCAAACCUUGCAAAGAUUCUACAAAGAAGAACUCUUUUAAAAAGUUGCUCAACAUGAAACUGUCCAUCUGUUUCAUGAAGAGUGACUUUCAGAAAUUUUGGUCCAGGAGUAGCCAACUUGGAGACACAACGGCAGGCAGCUUCUGCCAUAGGGAACGCAAGAGAAUCGAAGGUGAUUGGCAUGGCUUGUUGGGAGGAGAAGGGAGGAGAAGUAAACCUACGAAGGCAUAUUCUGCAGAUAAUAACUACAGCCUGGAAUCCCAAAAGAAGGGGAGGAAGUCUCGGGGCCAGACCAGUGCCCCGAACGGUCUCAGAGCUGAGUCUUUGGAUGACCAAAUGCUUUCCAGGGAGUCAUCACCUAAGACACCCUGCAAAUCUGUUACAAGCCUCUGUGCCCCAGAGUAUGAAAAUAUACGUCAUUAUGAGGAAAUACCAGAGUAUGAGAACUUGCCAUUUAUUAUGGCUGUAGGGAAAAGUCCAGAACAGGAAUGGCAGAAUCCCAGCAGCAUGGAGGACACUGAUGCCAAUGUGUAUGAGGUAGAAGAGCCAUAUGAAGCUCCAGAUGGCCAGCUGCCACUUGGACCCAGACAUCAGCAUUCCAGUUCUGGAGCAUCCCAGGAGGGACAGAAUGAUCUCGAUCUUGGUCUUGGGGACCUUCCCUCUGAUGAAGAAGAAGUCCUCAACAGUUCUGAUGAGGAUGAUGUCAGCUCUGAGUCCAGUAAGGGAGAGGCCGACCCACUGGAAGACAAACAGGGUGAAGACAAUGGAAUGAAAAGUAAAGUUCAUCAUAUUGCCAAAGAGAUCAUGAGCUCUGAGAAAGUGUUUGUGGAUGUGUUAAAACUUUUGCAUAUUGACUUCCGGGAUGCAGUAGCCCAUGUUUCCAGGCAACUUGGGAAACCAGUGAUCGAGGACCGGAUUCUAAAUCAGAUCCUGUACUACUUGCCUCAGCUAUAUGAGCUCAACCGGGAUCUCCUGAAGGAACUGGAGGAACGAAUGUUGAACUGGACUGAACAACAGAGAAUUGCUGAUAUCUUUGUAAAGAAGGGACCAUACCUAAAAAUGUAUUCUACUUACAUCAAAGAAUUUGAUAAGAACAUAGCUUUGCUGGAUGAACAGUGCAAGAAAAACCCAGGUUUUGCUGCCAUCGUUCGAGAAUUUGAGAUGAGCCCACGCUGUGCUAACCUGGCCCUCAAGCACUACCUCCUCAAGCCGGUCCAGCGGAUCCCCCAGUACAGGCUGCUGCUGACAGAUUAUUUGAAGAAUCUGAAGGAAGAUGCUAGAGAUUACAGAGAUACUCAAGAUGCCCUUGCUGUUGUCAUAGAGGUGGCCAACCAUGCCAAUGACACCAUGAAGCAAGGAGACAACUUCCAGAAACUUAUGCAAAUUCAGUACAGCUUAAAUGGACACCAUGAGAUAGUACAGCCGGGACGGGUUUUUCUCAAAGAAGGAACUCUGAUGAAGCUAUCUCGGAAAGUGAUGCAACCCCGAAUGUUCUUCCUGUUUAAUGAUGCCUUGUUAUAUACAACACCGGUGCAGUCUGGGAUGUAUAAACUGAACAACAUGCUCUCAUUGGCUGGAAUGAAGGUCAGAAAACCCACGCAAGAAGCAUAUCAGAAUGAAUUAAAGAUUGAAAGUGUGGAACGUUCCUUCAUUCUCUCAGCCAGUUCUGCCACAGAAAGAGAUGAAUGGCUAGAAGCAAUUUCCAGAUCAAUAGAAGACUAUGCCAGGAAAAGAAUCACCUUCUGUCCCAGUAGGAGUCUUGAAGAGGCAGACUCAGAAAAUAAAGAGGAAGUUAGUCCUCUGGGCUCAAAGGCUCCCAUCUGGAUUCCUGAUACCAGGGCCACAAUGUGUAUGAUCUGCACAAGUGAAUUUACCCUGACCUGGAGACGACACCACUGCCGAGCCUGCGGAAAGAUUGUAUGCCAAGCUUGUUCAUCAAAUAAGUAUGGCUUAGAUUACCUGAAAAAUCAACCAGCAAGAGUAUGUGAACAUUGUUUUGAAGAACUGCAGAAAUUAGAUCACCAGCACUCCCCUAAGAUUGGAUCUCCUGGGAAUCACAAAUCUCCUUCAAGUGCCUUGUCUUCAGUCUUACAUAGUAUUCCAUCCGGGAGGAAACAGAAAAAAAUCCCAGCUGCUCUCAAAGAAGUGUCAGCAAACACAGAAGAUUCUUCAAUGAGUGGCUACUUGUACAGAUCAAAGGGCAAUAAAAAGCCUUGGAAGCACUUAUGGUUUGUCAUCAAAAAUAAAGUCCUAUAUACAUACGCUGCAAGUGAGGACGUGGCAGCCUUGGAGAGUCAACCUUUACUAGGAUUUACUGUUACCCAAGUCAGAGAUGAGAACUCAGAGUCUAAAGUAUUUCAGUUACUGCACAAAAACAUGUUAUUUUAUGUAUUCAAAGCAGAUGAUGCUCACUCAGCUCAGAAGUGGAUAGAAGCAUUUCAGGAAGGCACAAUAUUGUAGCAGUGUUGAUUUCGUCUCUUCCGUGGUUCCAAAGAGAUGGAAGUUCAUCAAAAUGGAGUAAAUGCAAUUUAAAAGUUUAAAAAAGUGGACACUGCCAAGAUAAACUCUUCAUCAGAUAUAAGAAAUUAUUUUGUUCGGUAUUAAGUAGUUUUUUUGAAAAUGUUUUUUUCAUGUAUGUUAUUUAUUAAGACUUUGAUGUUUACUUAAUGGUCAGGAUUAUUUCUGAGACUCACACUGAAUUCUAAAGCAUUGUUUCUUUAGAGACCAGAAAACUUAUCUGAAUACUGUAUAAACUGUCUGUGACCCAAUCCACACUGUUUUCUGUACCUUAGAUUGUAACAUUCUUAUCUUACUAAUGGUAAAUUUUCCUAAGUUAAAAACAGAUGACAAGGCAUAAAUUUCUAUGUAGUGCUUGAUUUAGGAAUUGUUGUUAUAAAAAUGCUGAUGACAAAAUGCAUGUCUUUGAACCGAGAAAAAAAUGAAUUUUUGUAUCUUUUAAUGGAAAAAUAUACGGCCAGCUUCUACCUCAGAAACUGUGAAUGAAAUUUCAGUAUAGUAUCAGAAAUAAUUCAGUAUUUUCUACUGUUAAUGUACCUCUUUUGGCAUAAGUUAAUAUUACAUCAUGGGAAGUAUAGCAAAGGGAUAGAAUCUGAGUGUUUCUUUAACUGUAAGUGGAAAUGAGGCUGUUUUCAUUUGCAGAGGAACACACAUAAUCGACUCUAUAGGCUUUUUGUUAAGUCCAAUCUUUUU